AUGGAUCACCAUGUUCUGCUAACACUGGAUCGGUUUCUCGAGCUCAGUUCGCUUGGAGAUGAUCAUGUUAUAUGUGUCAUAGAGGAUGAACUUCGUGGGAGGAUUAUUGCAACAGGGAGUGUAUUCAUUGAAAAGAAAUUCCUAGGAAAUUGUGGCAAGGUUGGUCAUAUUGAAGAUGUUGUUGUUGAUUAUACUGCACGAGGGAAGCAACUGGGAAAGAAAGUGAUCAAGUUCCUUACUGAUCAUGCUCGUUCAAUGGGUUGCUAUAAGGUAGUGCUUGAUUGCAACCUGGAGAACAAAGUGUUCGACGAGAAGUGUGGCUUCAAUCAGAAAGAAGUUCAGAUGGCCAUGCAUUUUGUUUGA